AUGAAUGAAAAUAAUCCAAAUACUAAUGGUGAUAUUGAUCGAUGGGUUGAAUGGAUAAAAGAUUGCAAAUAUUUACCUGAAACUGAUUUUAAACAAUUAUGUACAAUAAUAUCAGAUAUUUUUUUUGAAGAAUCUAAUGUGCAACCAGUCUUUUCACCAGUAACUAUUUGUGGUGAUUUACAUGGACAAUAUUAUGAUGUACAAGAAUUAUUUCGUACAGGUGGUUAUCCACCUGAUACACAAUAUAUAUUUAUGGGUGAUUUUGUUGAUCGCGGUUAUUAUAGUUUAGAAACUUUAACACAAUUACUUGUUUUUAAAGCUAAAUGGCCUGAUCGUGUAACAUUAUUACGUGGUAAUCAUGAAUCACGACAAGUAACACAAGUUUAUGGUUUUUAUGAUGAAUGUAUGAAAAAAUAUGGAAAUGCUAAUUUAUGGAGAUUUUGUUGUCGUUUAUUUGAUCUUAUGCCAAUUGGUGCAUUGAUUGAUAAUGAAGUUUUAUGUAUUCAUGGUGGACUUUCACCAGAUAUUGGUACAAUUGAUCAAAUGCGUACAAUUGAACGUGAUCAAGAAAUUCCACAUCGUGGUGGUUUUUGUGAUUUAAUGUGGUCUGAUCCAGAUGAUAUUGAUUGGUGGGCUAUAUCACCACGAGGAGCUGGUUGGUUAUUUGGAGAAAAACCAACAAAUCAAUUUAUGCAUAAUAAUCAAUUAAGUUUAAUAUGUCGUGCUCAUCAACUUGUUCAAGAAGGGAUUAAAUUUAUGUUCGAUGAGCAUCUUGUAACGGUAUGGUCUGCACCAAAUUAUUGUUAUCGAUGUGGUAAUAUAGCUGCUAUACUUGCUUUUCAUACAGCAACAAAUCAUGAAACAAAAUUAUUUAAUGCUGUACCCGAUAAUGAACGGGUUAUACCAGCUAAAACAACGACACCGUAUUUUCUUUAA